AUGUAAUAAACAAAAUCUUUUGAUGAUAUUUCAUUAUCUCGAUAUUCAGAAGAAAAUGGUGAAACAUCUAAUGAAAAUUAGCCAAUACUCAUACAUUUAGAUGAUCCACUACCAUCUUAAACUGAUUUUUUUGAUUUAGUUCUAUAAACUCUUCCAAAAACAAAAAAAAGAAUCGCAAGAAGAAAAAAAUGUGAUUUUCACACUAAGAAAAGAAAAAAAGUAAACAAAAAAAAUCUAAUUUUUGAAAAUCACAGUCCAUUUACAAUUCAGGAAGAUGAAAAAAUCCUUAACCUAGUGAUAGAGCAUGGUCCAAGAUUUUAAAUAAUUUCUAAGUUUUUUUUGGAUAGAAGUUAAAAUGCUGUCAAAAAUCGAUAUUAUAAAUUUUUACGAUACCAUUGGGACUUAAUCCUUGGAGAGUAAGAUUUCUUAUAUAUUUUAUAGUAAUUAUUAACACCUUAAUUAUGUAAAUGAAGAAGAGAGUGCUUAACAUGAAAUAAAUGAAGAAUUAACAAAUUUUUUAGAUAGCAUGAAUCUUUUUCCUGAGGUAACAAAUAUAAUAAGAAACUUCAUUACUCAAGUUGACAAUCAUUUUAGAUGA